UCUUGGAUUGUUUUGUAUCAAUUUCUCUCAGCCGGUCGCACUUUUGCUGCCCUCAGGACGGGCUGAGGAGAAGGCGGCAGGCGGGCCAAAAGAAGCCUCCCCUUGGAUGGGGCUGAGGGAGCAACCCGAGUUGGUUGUAAUCACACCCCCAAAGAGGAGAGUCCUUAAAUAGGGGAGGAGAGAUGGUGACAGCGCUGUGGGCGCUGCUCCAGACACGCCGGGACCAACUGCUGGGAGCUCCGGCAAUCGCAGCCUCCGUCCUCAACGGCGGGCUGCACCGUUCUCCCCUCCCCGCCUUUUUGCACCCCCCCCACGCCCCACCGUCGGCCACCUGCGCCCGUCCCGCCAAGAGGCGCGCGCCAUGGACCCCCCGCGGGCCGCGCCGCUCGCGCAUAUUUUCAAGGGGACCUUCGUCCACUCCACCUGCACCUCGCCGAUGGUCAUCCUGCAAAGCCACCUGUUGGGUGUAGAGGAGAGCGGGAAGAUCGCAUUUUUUGAACCAGCUGAUGGACAAGACAAACUAGUGAAGAAGUGGGGAUUUAAAGCAACUGAUAUACAAGAACUCAGUAAUAAUGAAUUCUUCAUGCCAGGUUUGGUUGAUGCACAUAUCCAUGCCCCACAGUAUUCCUUUACAGGGAUCCGAGGAAAUCUGACUCUUUUGAAAUGGUUGGAAAAAACCACUUAUCCAGUAGAGGCUGAAUUCAAAAAAAUUGAUUUUGCUGAAGAAGUAUACACUAGAGCUGUGAGACGAACACUCAAGAAUGGUACAACUACAGCUUGCUAUUUUGCCACAAUUCACACAGAUGCUGCUUUGCUUCUGGCUGACAUUAUAGAUAAAUUUGGCCAGAGGGCAUUUGUGGGUAAAGUUUGCAUGGAUAUCAAUGAAAGCUUCCCAGAAUACAAGGAAGCCACCAAAGAAUCAAUUGAGGAAACUGAAAGAUUUGUUCAAGGAAUCCUGGGGAAAAAAUAUCCAAGAAUACUUCCUAUAAUAACACCCCGUUUUGGACUAUCUUGUACAGAGGAAUUACUUAGUAGCCUUGGUAACCUGGCAGAGACUCAUGAUAUUCAUAUACAGAGCCACAUAAGUGAGUCUAAAGGGGAGCUCAGACUUAUAGAAAGCACGUUUCCACACUAUCAACAUUAUACAGAGCUAUAUGAUAAAAACAAGCUGCUUACAAACAAGACUAUAAUGGCUCAUGGCUGCUAUCUUUCUGAUGAAGAACUGGACAUAUUUAAACGUAGAGGAGCCGCCAUUAUACAUUGUCCUAAUUCAAAUAUAUCAUUAAAGAGUGGCCUUUUAAACACAAGGAAGAUUCUGAACCACAAUGUAAAACUUGGAUUAGGCACAGAUGUUGCUGGUGGCUAUUCUGUUUCCAUGCUUGAUGCUAUCAGAAAUACGAUUGUGGUAUCUGAAGUCCUUCAUCUUAAUAGUGAAACAGAUGAAAAAGGCUUAACUCUGAAGGAGGCAUUCCGACUAGCAACUCUUGCAGGAAGUCAAGCUUUGGGAUUAGAUCGUAUAAUUGGAAACUUUGAAGUUGGCAAGGAAUUUGAUGCACUACUUAUCAACGCCAAAGCUUCAGAUAGUCCUUUUGAUCUAUUUGCUUCUGACCAUAUUGAGGAUAUAAUUGAAAAAUUCCUGUAUCUUGGUGAUGACAGAAAUAUCGAGGGGGUGUACGUGGCUGGCAAACUGGUGGUUCCAUUUUCAAGCUCUGUGUAAAUUGGAUUCCCAUUCUGAAAAAUGCUCAACUAGUUAUCGUUUGGUUUGGAAGAACUGGGUAGAAAUGCAGUGCCUUGUUGUUAUGCUGAUUUUAUUUAGUAUGUUUCUGAUAUGCAGAAGAAAGAUUGUCAACUUGGCAGUGACAAAAAAAAAAAAAUAUGCCAAAAAAUCUAUCUCGUUUGAGCAGGACAGGAAGCAGCCCGAAUUUUUAAAACAAAGUGAACUUGCAAUUGGAAUAAAUCUUUCCACCUACACCUUAAUAAAAAUAUCCAGAGAUGGGUGCAGAAUGUAUUUCCUCUCUUCAAAUAUGAAAACCGAAAUCCUAAAAAUGCAUCUGAUGAGAAUUUAGGGAUCUUAUUUGUGAAUAUAUUACAAUUACUCUCAUUGACUUAGAAACAAAACACACUGUUUUGGGUGGUGUCCAUUUUCUAUAACUUUCCUCCUUAAAUAGACUUCAUGUGAUCUUGGCAGGGUUUCCCAAUCAGGAAUUGAAAAAUCUGUUUCCUUUUCUCUCUACUGGGGAGUGACAUGUCUCCUGAAACUUUUACCUUUAUAUUUGUCCAUCUAGAGCCGCGAUGGCGAACCUAUAGCAUGCGUGCCAAGGUGGCAUGUAGUGCCCUCUCUGUGGGCACGCAAGCUGCCAUCCCAGUUCAGCUCCACCGUGCAUGUGCACCGUCUCCUGCCAGCCAGCUGGUCUUCGGGUCUCUGCCAUGUAUGCAUGGGAGGCAGGGUGUGUGCAGGGACACCAGCGCAUGCAUGGGGGGGCAGGUGCAUGCUCUGGGGCCACGUGCAUUGCAUUUUGGGGGUUCGGGCACGUGCAUGUGCAUUCACACACGCACACACUUUGGGCACUCAGUCCAGAAAAGGUUCGCCAUCACUGAUCUAGAGUGCAGAUUGCUUAACAGCAAAUAUGGCAUGAUGAAUGAGGAUAUAAAAAGAAGAGAGUCAGAUCCCAUGUUCACAGUUUAUGUCAUCCAGGAUGGCUUUGUUCACACAUAAUGCAAAGCUGUAAUGUGGUUAAUUUAAAUUUGGAUUAAUAUGAUGGAUUCAUUAUGGAUGCAUUUCAAGUGAGAAAAAGGCCCUUUUUAGUAUGAGGAUAAGGCUGUAGCCUUGAUACUUUACUGAUAUGGGUCAAUUGGGUGCAAUCUAAUUGGAAGUGUUUGUUCAAAUUGUAAAUUCAUUCUUACCCUACAGUUCAAAGCAAUCUUGACAAUCAAAUCAAUAUGGAAAAGGGGGCUUUUGCUUUAGAAUAUGAUCUCUGAGUUUAAUAUUUGUAUAACUGCUCUAUUUUCUCUGAUAAAGUAUAUAAAGUACAUGGGAUAAAUACUCAGAAAAUACAAACAAUAAAACUAUUUUUUUUUAAUCUUGCAACCCAGAGAUGGCAGGUAUAAGUACGAUAGGUUUGCACAAAACACCUUUGGAGGAAUGUGUGCCUUUUAGGAUCAUUAUUGGUUUUUUAGUUUUGGGGAGGAUAAUUUUAGAAUUCUAUUAUGCAGCGGUUGCCUCUGAGAGAUUCUCAGUAGGAAAUAAACUUUUGUUGAUAAUUGUAUAAAUAAAAUAGAACACUUUUUAAAGGGAUUUGUCUCUAAACGUUUGGAAAGCCUGUUGAAAACUGUCAACCAUCUCCCAGCACACACAACGCCUUCUUCAUCCGCCUUUGUUCCCUCCCAGCAUGAAGUUUAGCUGAAAAGGUUGGGCAGCCAGAAAAAGAGCCUUGGAAAUUUACUUGGGGGAAAAGAGAAGCCUAAAUGUCUGUUUUGUGAAAAAGAAGCAUUUUGAAUUUGUGAAAAAGAAGCAUUUCCGUCUUACUGUACCAUUUAUUAACCUUCUGUUUGAAGAUAUUAAUGAGAGCGAAUAUAAUUUGUGCUUUGUGGAGUUAGUUGAAUGAUUUUGGUGUGGCAGUUGGAUUUCAGCCAUAUAAAAUGUUGACUUAGCUUUAAUAUGCACGCUUUACAAUAUUUGCAAAACAGAAGGCUAGGGGAACUCAGGAAAGGAACUGCACUUUAUUCACUUAUCUAUUUUAUUUUACUUUUUCAAAUAUAGUAAGUCUGUACAUUUUUUUUUUUUGCACAAGAAAGGAAGAAAAAAUGGUCCAACCUCUGCAUUUAUGCCAAAAAAUAAACUUUUAUUCCUGCUGAUAAAAAUAAUAAGUCAAAUAUGCAUUGGAAGUCAAGGAAGGAGAACUAUAAUAUUUCACAAAACUAUAUUUGUUGCACUAAGAAGUUUUAUAGUUUUAUAGACAAAGUUUAUGAGUAUCAGUAUGUUAGUGAACUCAGCUGGCCAUGAAAUAUGAUGAUUAAACCAUGGCUUAACAUGAUCUGUUCACCUAUUACAGGCCUCAUUCAUAAGAUAUGCUAAAAAUUGUCUUUAUAUUAUUUUAAUAUAUACUAUAGACUAUAUAAUAUAUACUGUAUUAAUAAGAGUAUAUUAUUUGAUUAUAUUAAACUAAAAUAUAUACAUAUGUGUUGACAAAGUCAUAUAAAAUUGAAAUGAAGGAAUAAAGAAAAGAGGAAAAAGCUUGGGAAAUUAAACAAUAAACAAAGUAUUUAAGACAGAACAAAACUUUCAAGUCCUCUUAUAUAUAAAUUCAUUUUUUCCAACAAACCAAAUAAAUGAUAGAUUAGCAUCACCUACAAGCCCAAUUGCCCAGUUAGAUGGACUUUGCUCUUGAUGUGAAAACAAUUAUGAUGUGUUUGGAAUAGGAGUGAAGUAAACAUUCUCAUUUAUACUCUUUGAAAAAACAAAUUACCCGGAUACUAUGUUCUGCUGUUGAUAUUGCCUAUCAUGUACUGAUUUCCAUCACAACGUAAAACAAUUUUGGCACAUUUUUCAUCUCGUUUUGUCUGAUCCUCAAAUCAAUGUAACUAAAAGUAUGAUCCUUUAAAUGGCAUCUGUUUAUAAAAGUAUAGCAUUAUCAUAUCACUAACAGAUUUGGAAAGCUGUUUGGAUAUAUUUAUUGCUAAUUACAGUGGGAACAUGUGGGAGAGAAGUUGACCUCAGCAGCUUCGGGGUAGGCGGGGUCAAAAAGGGCAAGGUGAUGGUUAUGGAGUCUGAAUUGAAGCCCCGCCCCUUUCCCUACACCUCCUGCAGAUGGCUUUCUCUUUUUCACCCGCAUUUCAAUCUUGGUAUGGAGUGUGUUUGGCAUGAAGAGUGCUAUAAUUUUAUUGUAUAGCUUUUGAUUGAUGGGAAAAAAAUGUGAAUUAAUCUUGCCAGAUUUUUAUUUUUCUGACUGUAUACUUUCAAGGUGAGAAAUGCAACCCCUCCCCAAAAAAUAAUUUGUUGCUGUGUAUUCCAACUGCUUGAUUGUCAGUAGUUAUAAAUGAGCCCCUCUGUGCUUGUUUAACAGAAUAAAAAAGAUACGUUUACUAUG